AUGAAGAAGGCUUUUGGUCAGACUGUUCGCGAUCUUAAGAGAGAAGUCAACAAGAAAGUUCUUAAAGUUCCUUCGAUUGAACAGAAGGUUCUCGACGCAACUAGCAAUGAGCCAUGGGGCCCUCAUGGGUCACUUCUAGCCGAUAUUGCUAAUGCGACAAGAAAUUAUCACGAGUAUCAGAUGAUCAUGUCGGUUAUCUGGAAACGUACAAAUGAUACUGGGAAAAAUUGGCGGCAUGUAUACAAGGCUUUGACUGUUUUAGAGUACUUGGUAGCCCACGGGUCAGAACGCGUCAUAGAUGACAUCAAAGAACACGCAUACCAAAUAUCUACAUUGUCCGAUUUCCAAUAUAUCGAUUCCAGUGGGAAAGACCAGGGGAGCAAUGUUAGAAAGAAAUCUCAGAGUCUUGUAGUGCUGGUUAAUGAUAAGGAAAGAAUACAAGAAGUUCGACAGAAGGCUGCUGUUAAUAGAGACAAGUACCGCAGUACCCCAGCGGGUGGUAUGUAUCGUCCUGGCUCCGGAGGGUAUGGAGAUAGAUAUGACGACGAUCGAUAUGGAAACAGAGAUGAUGACCGGAAUAGCUAUGGGAGGGAGAGAGAAUGGGGUUCAAGAGAUGAUGAUAGAUAUGGCCGUGAUGGGGACAGGUAUGGUAAAGAUUACGAGGAGCGUUCUGGCCGAGAUGGGUACAGGGAAAAUGACUACAGAGGGAGAGGGCAAAGCACCGAUGAAUAUAGUUAUGAGUCAAGAAGUAGAAGUGCUGAUCGAGAUAGGAGUCGCUCAAGUGAGGAUGAUGGCCAAUACUCUUCCAGAGGAAGUGGUGCCAAAGCUGAUGAUCAGUCUCAAGAUGGAAGUUCUACUGCCAGGAGUCUUGACCGUAAAUAUUCUGGGCAAAGCUUUGGUGUACCUCCUAGUUAUGAGGAUGCUGUUGGUGGUAGCCGCAGUCCACCUUAUAGUGAAAGGGAUGGAGAUUCUUCACUAGGAUAUGCCCCUAAAGCUUCAUCCCCCAAAGGUGCUAGUCCAAGCUAUGCAACAAGUGCGGGGGCUUCACCCUCUGCUCCAGUUUCACCUCCUGCUUCAGUAUCAGCUCCUGCUUCCGUAAUCACUCCUGGUUCAGCACCGACACUUGCUUCAGCACCUGCUGUUGCUCCAGCUCAGCUUACAACUCAAAAUAGCCGCAAGGAAGCUGAUGGUUUUGAUGAAUUUGAUCCGAGAGGUUCAUUUUCAGCUGCCCCAGUUACAUCCAAUGGUGCUAUAUCUGCUACUUCUGCUGCGGACAUGGACCUACUGGGCUCUUUGUCCGAAUUUGCUCUUGUGCCUGUUAGUCAGCCCACCUUGACUCCUGAAGCUAAUGCCUCUUUGGACUUCAGUUCUCGACCUGCAAACCCAGCUGCUGCAUCACCGGAAGCCACAAUCAAUAAUCAGGCAUUUGAUGAUCCUUUUGGAGAUGGUCCAUUUAAAGCUAUUCCUUCAGCCGAUAGUGUAUCAACUCAACAAGAGAUCCCUGCAUCCACUAACGCCUUCAAUACAAACUUUGGCCAAAGCAUCGAUGUGCCUCAACAAGUUCUUCACAAGGCAGCAACUGAAAUUGGAAGUAAUCCAUAUGAAGAAACUUACAUGACAUCAGGCAAUUCUGGCGUGCAGCCUCUCCCUGCAAGCACACAGUUUGUGAAACAGGAGCUAUCUAAUCCGAGCCAGGAACUUGAUAUAUUAGCAGACAUUCUUCCCCCGUCCGCACCUUCAUCUUUUGCCAACGCACAACCCGGAUAUCAGCUUCCACCGAACCAGUCUGUGCUGCUUGCUGGUGUCCCUCAAACCGAUCAAGCUCCACCGCCUACUGGUUUUCCUCAAACAGGCCCACAACCCAGCAAUUUGCAAGCACAAAGCGGCCUUCCUUCUGGUUUUCAUAAUCAACUUGGCCAGUUUUCUUCACAAACUGGUUACCCUCUUCAGUCAACAUCCUCUCCACAAACCGGUUUUCCGACUCAAGGCAUAGCUUUGUCCUACCCAAUUCAAGGUGGGCAACCACCACAGAUGGGUUUUCAACCUCAAAGUGGCCCCACACAGCCAAAUCCCAAUUUUUAUGGAGCGUACAAUUCACAGCCUGCGUCUACCGGUCCAGUUGGUGGAUACAUGGCUCCUCCUGCUUCCGCUUCCGCUGCUCAGAAUAAUUUUCUGUCACAGUUGGGAGGUUCUGCAGCUCUCAAUUCGAGCAACCUCUUGGGCCCAACAUCCAUUAAUACAUCUUCAACCGGGUCUUCUGCUAUAGCUCCUCAACCAUCGAAAGACAAGUUUGAGACGAAGUCCACUGUCUGGGCUGACACUCUCAGCCGUGGACUUGUCAAUUUGAAUAUAUCCGGACCUAAGACAAAUCCACUGGCUGAUAUUGGAGUUGAUUUUGACGCAAUAAACCGGAAAGAGAAAAGGAUGGAGAAGCCGACAGCAGCAGCAGCAGCAGUAACAUCUACAUUGACGAUGGGGAAGGCCAUGGGAUCUGGUUCUGGCAUGGGACGUGCGGGUGCAACUACUCUCAGGCCUCCGGCAAAUUCAAUGAUGGGUCCCAUGGGAAUGGGAGGCUAUGGGGUGGGUCAACCAGCUGGGAGGGGAAUGGGAAUGGGAAUGGGGAUGAAUAUGCCUGGUAAUAUGGGUAUGGGAAUCAACAUGCAACCACCGAUGGGGGCUCCUCCUGGGUCUACCUUGCCUGGACCUUAUAAUCAUAUGGGAAGCGGAGUUUACGGUCAACAGCCCUAUGGUGGGGGCUAUCGAUGA